AUGACACCGAAAGUUGUAUUGAUUACUGGCUGCAACCGAGGAAUCGGCAAAGGCCUUCUUGAGCUCUAUUUAGCUAAACCUAAUCACACCAUCAUUGCCGCAAAUCGAGAUAUCAAACAUCCAUCUUCCAAAGCUCUCGAAACUUUACCUAAGGCCGAAGGUACUUCACUCAUCAUCGUACAGAAUAAUGUCACAGUCUCGACCGAUGCUGCCGAUAUGGUAAAGCAUCUCGCAUCUCGCGGCAUAGACCAUCUGGAUAUCGUUAUCGCGAAUGCUGGAGUUGCGAAUCUCUGGUGCAAGGUUUCCGAAGUUACGGCUGAAGAUUUUCAGAAGCACGUUAUCCCUAAUAUCUAUGGCUUCAUUUGGCUCUACCAAGCCACGCUUCCACUGCUCAAGAAGUCUCCCAAUGCAUUAUGGGUUACUAUCGGCUCUGGCGCCGCAUUUCUAACGGCAAGUUUACCUCCAUAA